AUGUCAGAGCCUGUACAAAAGGGAGAGAUCGAUCUCAAGUCCCUCGAUCAGGCGCUCAACGAUGGAAAGGCUGCCUCGGAAGUGCCCGCCGAAACGUUGCAGAAGACUUCCAAUACACUAGCGCAGCCAGCUGCUGAUGCUCAGACGUCCGCCGGCAACGCCGCCUCUGCACGGAAAGCGCCUUCCCCAGCCACACUGUCGCCAUCUUCACCGCGAGCCAUGUCGCCUGCUCUAGGCGCUUCUCUACUACCAGCUACUGAUGUCCCACCGGCUGUGUCCGAGCUCAAGGUCAUGUUUCCCGACCUGGACAGGGACACAAUCGCUGCUGUUUUGUCAUCACGCGGCGGCAAUCAAGAGGCAGCCAUCAAUGCUCUUCUGCAGAUGUCCGACCCAAACUUUAAGCCCUCAACUACAGAAUCAAGAACAGACUCGGACGCCCUGUUGGCGCAAACCAUCGCUAUGGAGGAAGAGCAGAGGCAGCACGAAGAAUGGGCUCGGCGUCAGCAACAACAGCAACAGAAACAGUCCAGCAUCGGCCGUGGCGGAGGUGGGGCUGGCUCCUUUUUCAGCGGUCUCCUGAGCUCCGACGCACGAGAUCCUUCCACACCAUCUGCUUCCUCCUACGACCCCAAUGCGCUAACCUAUCAGCCCCGAGUUCGGCGAAAUGCUCCGUCCAACCCUGCAGGUGCCGCUACUGCGGGGGCAAGAACAACCUACGCUCCCCCCAACCAUGGGUCGCAAACGUAUGAGAAUGGUGACAGCCUCAUUCCUGGAAUGCCUGGCGCCAAGGAAGCCAAGCAGUGGCAGGAGGAAAUCAAUCGCAUGGCCGAGACUGGCUUGGCGAAAGCGGCGUCUACGUUUUCGACGUUCCGUCAGAAAGCUAGCGCUGCCUUCAAUGCCCCUCAGGAUGGUCCGGGUCAACCAGGCACAGCUGGCACGAGUGGCGCGGGGACUAGCAGUGCUGGUGCUGGGCUCGCUCAAGCCUUCAAUAACUUCAGAAGCAGCGCCAGCAGAGGGUUUAACACCCACGAGCCGCCCCAGCAGGCGACUGCUACCCCUACGUUGCAACGUCAGUUUACUUCACCACGAUCACCACAUGCGAGCGAAUACGACCAGGAUCCUUCCCCAGUUUCCGAAAAUGAAUUGGCAAAGAUCAUCUCGCGCCAAGGAGGUGCAGGCGGCGCGUCGUCGAAUCCGUCAGCCGCUGGCAAGGCACGGGCGCUUGCCGAAAGAUACGGACUCGGCAUCAAGAACGCUGGUCGGGGUGGCGUGGCAGCGUCGCAGAACACCAGUGGCUCGGCACACGCAUCAGAUUAUGCAGGGUGGGAUCAAGCUGGCCGCACGCCGAUUUCUAUUUCGGACAACACGAGCGGUAGCAAGGUCAGCGAACCGGACAAGAACCAGAAAAACUCGAUCGCGCUCAUGGAUUCGGCCAGCGGUCGUGGCAUCACCAGCCCGCGUCUGGACCGUAGCCCGACCAAGGAGACAGGCUCCGGCGGUGUCACGAACAAGACUGCUGCUGCUGCUGGCGUUGCUGGGGCCGCCGCUGUCGGUGCAGGUGUAGGUGCUGUUACACUGGCCAGUCACGACGACAAUGAUCUCAACGAUGAUUCAGACGACCUCGAGUAUGUCAGCAAUCCGUUUGAGGACGAAGACUGA